AUGCAGGGUGAUAGAUGCGGUGUUUAUACGCACUGGGCCUAUGUGGAGCCCAAUGUGAAGAACAAGGAAGCACGGAGAGUUGGCGGCGGAGACUCGAAGUUUCGCGGUUUCAACUCGCUAGCAGACGCGAUCAUCUGGUACAUGUACAAGGGCGGUGAUUCCUCCCAUGCUCGCCGAGGGCUCCCGCCGAUUGUGCUAGAAGUGUUGAAUAGCAAGACGUCUAACCCCAUCGACUCGGACUUGACCUCUCAGUUCGCAAACGUGACGCUAGGCGGCAAUCGACCAGGGUUGCCUCCCUCUACACCGGUCCGGUCCCGCUCUCAUGCUAUCCAUGCCGCACACAGACCCAGUCCCACGCGCUCGACAAAUACGUAUCAGUAUCCCGCACCUGCAGCCUUCCUUUCUACACCUUCGCCACCUGCACAGCUUCCAUCAUACGCGACGCCGUCGAGGAUGUCUGGUCAGACGGCACACAUUCAUCGUGCUCGACCGGCCGGUGACUUCAUCGUUGUGCGCACUCUCCCUCACGCCCUGCCUGUUCCCGUGAAUGUUGUUGUACCUACUCUUGGCACGACUGCCGAUGACACCCAGACGAAGAAGGACUUCGUCAAGCAGCUCAUGUUACAGGGAGCCCCGGGUGCUGAGAUGGAGUACCUGUACGAUCUCAUCAUGGUUCCCCUGUGA